GCGGCGGGGCCGUCAUGGCGGCGGCGGCGGGGAAGGAGGAGGAGGCGCGGCGGCUCCUGGCGGAGGCGGAAAAGAAGGUCCGGGGGGCUCAGUCCUUCCUCGGGGGCCUCUUCGGGGGUUCCUCGAGGCUGGAGGAGAGCUGUGAGCUCUUCACCCGCGCCGCCAACGCCUUCAAAAUGGCCAAAAACUGGAGCCAGGCAGGAGCAGCCUUUUCCCGCGCUGCCCAGCUCCAGCUGCAGCUGCAGAGCAAACACGAGGCCGCGUCGCUGCUGGUGGACGCAGGGAACGCCUUCAAGAAGGCAGAUCCUCAGGAGGCUGUGAACUGCCUGCUCAGAGCCAUCGAGAUCUACACGGACAUGGGCCGUUUCACCAUCGCUGCCAAGCACCACGUGGCCAUCGCCGAGAUCUACGAGAGCGACCUCGGGGACAUCCACAAGGCCAUCGCCCACUACGAGCAGGCGGCCGAUUACUACAAGGGGGAGGAAUCCACCAGCUCAGCCAACAAGUGCCUGCUGAAGGUGGCGGCGUUCGCGGCGCAGCUCGAGCAGUUCCCGCGCGCCAUCGACAUCUACGAGCAGGUGGGGGCCGUGGCCAUGGACAGCCCCCUGCUCAAGUACAGCGCCAAGGAGCAUUUCUUCAGGGCUGCACUCUGCCACUUCUGCGUGGACAUGCUCAACUGCAAGCUGGCCGUGCAGCGCUACGAGGAAAUGUUCCCGGCCUUCUCCGACUGCAGGGAGUGCAAGCUGCUCAAGAAGCUGCUGGAUGCCCACGAGGAGCAGAACGUCGACGCCUUCACCGACGCCGUUCGGGAGUUCGAUUCCAUUUCGCGGCUGGAGCCGGCGCUGACGGCGCUGCUGCUGCGGGUCAAGAGGAGCAUCCCUGGGGAGGAGCAGGAUCUCAGAUAAAAUAUAAAAAAAAUAAAAUUAUAAACACAAAAUAA